GCAGCUGCUGCUUUUGGAGCGGCCGACGUGAACAGUUGUCACAAGCGAGCCUGUGGUGCACCAAACAGUGCUGGAAUGUCAAAAGAGGAAGUUGCACAGCUUGCUGCAAAUUUCACGCGACUCUCACACGAACCAUUGCUCGAUGAUCCUUCGCCAGUAACGUUCAACAGUAGACGACGGUCAUCAAAUGGAAGUAAUUCAUGUGAUGAAAGUACUAACUCAGGAAUUCCACGACUUUUCUCUCGUGAUAUGCUGCACGUAAGGUUUUGGAAAACAAUUCGCCUUUUUAUGUGUUUUGUGCUGCAGCGGUUGCACAAAGCGCGUAUUGUCCCGAUACUGUAUGUGUAUGUGCGGAUGUAUGAAAGUCGGUCUGUUUCAACUGGCACAUCUAGCUCACCUUCACCAGCGCGUCGCCUUUCGAAUACGCUAGUUGUUGAAAGCACCAGUGCAUACGAGCCAUCUGCUACUACUAGCCAUGCAGCUGAACAAAAUAAUGCAUUUUAUCGGCAUAACAGUGGGCUUAAAAGAAUGUUCAUUCGUGGAUCAUCCCGUAGUGAACGCUAUUACAGGCGAAGAGCGAUUCCGAAUCUGCCGAAUCAGGCAUCGGAGGGACAAGCGCACUGCAUGAUGGAAUUGGCCAAGCGUCUGCUUAUUGAAGCGGGUGGUAGCCAGAACACAGUUAUCUUCAAUGCAUCGCAAAGUAUCGGCAGCCAAACUAAUACACAACGUAACGGUCCUCACCGGCAGUUGCACGUGUGCUCAUUUCUUAUUGGACUUUAUGCUUUGGGCUUGAAUAAUUUGUUAUCAGCGAGUUGGCAAACUCGAACUUACAGCACCAAUGUCAGUUGGAUCCAUGGACAAGCAAUUGAAAUUGAUAAUAAUCAGACUCUACUUCUUUUGCAUUUAGGGAGUUCUGCUAUAAAAAUUGUGGAACGAGUCUGGGAAGCGCAUCUUACACCUACCGAAGUAGCCGCUCUGGCCGACAAGGCCAGCCAGAGUCGCGAUCCAUGCAUGGUUGAAGCUGCUGCAAAACUUGCCCUGAGUGUUCUGCCAAAGGCGUACGCUCUGACAGCAGCAGAAAGCCAGAAAGCGUUGCAUCAGUGCAAGGAACAAAGCUCAGAAAUGCUGGAAAGGGCAUGCCGUGCCGUUGAGCAGGCUGCAGAGAAGGACGGUGUGUAUCCGGAAGUACUUUUCAAGGUUGCACGACAUUGGUUUGAUUUAUUCGUUGAGUCGGAAGCUGCGAGCAGCUCCCAGGCUGCAUUUCAAAACUCAUUUCCGCCUCAACAACCCUCAUUUCCAGUUGCAAUCCCUCAGUUAAAUAAUGAUGUUUUGCAGUCGCAAACACAUCAGAAUUUCUACCCAGCCACUAAUGCUCAGGCUGUGCAGCUGCCUGUUCAGUGCAGGCCUCCACAUGCACCUUAUAUGAAUUUCUUGCCGCCCCCUCCUCACGCUCAGCAAUUUGGUCCUCAGCUUCCACCACUCUAUUCACCUCCGAUACCAUGUGCCCAACCACAAGCGGGAAUUCAGUACUCAGCACGGGGCCCAUUGCCAAUUGCCGCAAUAUCAAUGGUACCUCCACCAAAUCAUGGUCCUUUAAGGCAGCAACCAAAUACCAUUUUCCCUCCACCAGUAGUUGGCCCAACACCGUCGAGAGCAUUGCAUAUUAGCCACUCGGCGCCCAAUCUAAGCCCGAUGCAAGCUGUGCAAGCGUUCUCCAGGCGCAACCAGCCUUUGUGCAUCUUGCAGCAAGAUCAGCAGCAGCAGCAACAACAGCAGCCUGUUCAACUGGGCCCUGGAAUAGCGCCGUAUCAAUUUCCUUCUGUCGCUGAGCACUGCGCACAGCCGGCUGCAUUGAACGUAAGCGCGCUGCGCCAUCCUCCUCCUCCUGCUUCACUCAUGUUGUGUCCACCAGUUACGUAUUUUGGGCAGCCAGUUGCUUCCCAGCCUCCGCUGAAUAUUCCUUUGCCAUCGCCGAGUGCAUCCAUUGUUGGAGAUCCGCGAAUGGCGAAACUUGUCCAUGCUCAUCGUGUUGGUAUGAUUGCCAUGGAGACAAUGGGUAAUAGGAAUUCGGACGACAACCCAUAUGCGGAAGAUGUACGUUGGCUGUUCACAGUGGCCACACGACUGGGAGUUGUUUUCACGCUGAGCUUCUGUGAAGUGGCAGCUCGAUCAGUUGCUUCACCAUUUGUUCUUUUUUCACUGGCAGUUGAAUCGACAAAGGUCCGGACCAUACUGAUGCAGCAUGGAUUUGCCCCACCAACAGCCGAUUUAAUGCAGCACUGUAUUGAAAUGUUUUAUGCAGCAGCCAGCUCGAAACUCAGCCAUCCUCGAUUUGUUCCCUCCGACGUUGAGGAGGUUCGGACCAUACUGAUGCAGCAUGGAUUUGCCCCACCAACAGCCGAUUUGAUGCAGCACUGUAUUGAAAUGUUUUAUGCAGCAGCCAGCUCGAAACUUAGCCAUCCUCGAUUUGUUCCCUCCGACGUUGAGGAGGUUAUCCAGCUAAUUAAAACAGCCAAAGAAGCGUUUGGUUGGAUACCGGGACCAGGGAAACUGAUGUUUGAAGAUUUCAUGCGCCACGGUUCGAAACUGUCAGGGGGGUGGAUGUCGUUGGCACUUGCCGACAUUUGGGUUGGGUUGCUUCCGGACGCCUCCACCUCUCAUUCAGUGUUCAUUGUGAAUAAGGCUGUGAAUAAGGCUUUGAUUCAGUGUGAAUAA